GGGUCAAGAAGGGGGGUUGCCUUCUUUGCCAGAGGUUGGGGCAUGAAGUCCAAUACUAUUUUAGGCUGGAGGGAAACUAGAAUCGGGCGUAGAGAUGUCAUCAGCACACUCUACAAUAAGGGAGACUACAUCAGUAAGUGGCAGCUCCUCUAAGGAACCUGAUUCGGUUCAACAGUCCUCUCUUGAAGCCCCAUUAUCUGCUGAUUCCAAGGCUGACGCUUGUCAUGUCGUUUAUGAUGAGCCUUGGGAGGAGUUUAAGCAGGUUGACCUCCACUAUCACCUAGAGCAUUGGGAAAAGAUGAAACAGCGGCGUGCUCAAGGGACAGUGGAGUUUAUCUUCUUCAAGCUUCUCAUUAAUCGCCGCUACCUGCGUGUCUUGGUUGCCACUACUAAUUUCAUGUCAGCACAUGGUUCGCAAGGUGGGCUUGGGAAUGAAUCAAAACGCAGGGAACACGUGCUGAAGACGACACCAGCUCAUCCAGUCAGCAGCCCGACUUUGGACUUGCCGAGCCCUCAGGUCGAGGUGACUCAUUUAAACCUGGGUCUUGGCAGCCCCCACAGGGCGAUCAUAGGUAAUUUGUUGUUGGGCCAUUAUGUCAUGGUAUCAUGGAUUUAGUAGGUUCGGAUGAGGAGGGUAGAAGGGCAAGCUCUGUUGGCUUUGAGUACUUCAUCAUUUUGAAUAUUUGAAAGCUUGUUGUGCAUGAGUUGAGUCAAAUGCGUUAAAAGUUUUAUUGCUUUUUUUUUUUUUUUUUCCGUUUAGGGAAAAGGGCAGGUGACCCUUGAUGCCCUUGUAUCCAGCAGGGUGUGAACUCUUCUCUCUCUCUCUCUCUCUCUCAAUCACACACACACACACAUGGAUGUUUUGUUAUGAUUUGUGGAGGAAAUGAACGAGAGAAUUUCGGGUGCUUAAACAACACACACACACACACACACACACACACACACACACACACACACNCACACACACACACACACACACGCACACACGCACACGCACACACACACACGUCUUGUUGUUUUCUUUAUUAUACAUGGCCCAAUUCCUUGCCCUGUUUUAGAGCAUGCCCUUUUUGUUGCAGGAAUGUCUGUGGGUGGCCACGAGUUCUUUGGUGUGGGAAUGUAUGCUUGGAGUUCUGGCCACAGUAUCUUCACACGGAGGCUCAGAGAGUGUUUGCUGUGGGUGUCAUUCCCAUGGGCUGCUCUUUUGGAGGAGCACGUGGAAGAAACGGCGACUUCGAGGGUGUUUUAAGCAGUAGUGCUCUUGGUGCUGCGUGAAGUUCCUUGGGAUUAUGGUCCUCUACAUACUCCAAAGGCUAGAUAACGGAUGUGGGAUGUCUAGCCAUGGAGUGAUAGAGAUGGUAGAGAUGGUGGUGAUGUGAGUGGGCCGUUUGGGAGGAAUAGGAGUGCCAGUGCUGUUGUGCUUGUGGGCCGACUCGGAGGGCUCUCCAAGUUUUAUGGACUAUUGAUGGGUCUGGUCGGUGUUUUCUUGCUGGUGGAUCCUUCUGUGUUAGGUGUCUUGCCUUUUGCCCUUCACCUUUUUUAUAGAUUGAAUCAACUAUAUAUAUGUGUGCAAGUCUGCCGCUUCGGCGCAGAUGGGUGUGUGGGCACUUCCCCCUCAACCACACAAACGUGGGGAACCUUGCGCCUUCUAUUAUAUUGCCCGCCUAUACUUUCUCUUGUUUUACGGAUGGUUUAUGAUGCUUUGUGGAUGGGAUGGGAGAGAGAAUUCGUUUUUUUAAAGAAAUCAGUUCAAAUCACACACACAUGGAUUAAGUUGGUUUGGAUGGUGAGGGUAGAAGGGGCAAGCUUUGGCGGCUUUGAGUAGUACAUCAUUUUGAUUGUUUGGAAGCUUGUUGUGCAGGAGUCUAGUCAAAUUGCGUCU